UCAGCUGAUCCAACAUGGCCGGGGCCCGGGCCGCCCCCGCCCGCCGGGGCUAAGGGCUCGGGCCCGUCCCAGCCCGGGAGCCCCGCGCCGCGGCCCAGAGACGGCUGAGCUGUGGAACUCUGCCGGUGCCGUACCAGCAUGGAGUGCUUCCUUAGGAGCGUGGAAAAAGACCUGAAUAUUGACCACAGGCAGCUCACUGCUGCAGUUGAGGGGACCCAUCUCAUUGCCUUUGUCCCAGUGAAGUGGCUAGUGAGCCUGAAGGAGCGCAGGGUGCUGCCCUCCCUGUGCCCCCGGCCUGAGGGGCUGAGCGAGGUGGAGGUGAGGACUUUCCUUCAGCACUCUGUGCAGAAGCUGCCUGCUGGCUGGACGAGAGUGGAAAUCCAUGCUCUGAGGAAAGAGAGGUUGGCUUAUCCACUGACUCUGCACCACAGUGCGCAGGACGAUCGGGUCGGGCGCUUGGAAACACUCCAUGGGUUUAUGCAGAAUGUUGCUUCCCAGAAUUAUAGAAACUUGUGGCAUAGAGCUCACCGCCUGUAUGUGCAGCCGUGCUGUCACGCUCACACGCCGCCCACGGUGCUGGCCCUGGACAUGCUCAGAGUGGCUCUUCAGAAGAUCUAUGGCUGCCCUUUUCUCCAGGUAGGUAGGAGUGUCCAGUAUGCCUCUCCUGCCAAAGAAGGUUCUACAGCCACAAAGGGGACGUCCUCCUGCCCAAACAUCCUCCGACCAGAAGCUCUUCUGGAGUCAGCCAACAUGCUGUACAUCAUCUAUCCGUAUGUGCAGUAUUGCUUGCACGACAUUGUGACCUUCAGCCCUGCGAAGCUCACCAACAGCCACGCCAAGGUCCUUUUCAUCCUCUUCCAUGUCCUGCAGGCCAUGAGGGCCUGUCACCAAGCGGGGCUGCCAUGUGGUCCCUUCUCCCUUCGUGAUGUGGCAGUUGAUGAGAAGCUGUGCACCCAGCUUAGAAUUAACCUCGGUGAGUACGAGAAGCUGAAGGAGGAAGAGAGGGAUCCGAGAGCUGAUGAAGCACAAAGGGCUGAGGAAAGCAGGGCUGUGGAGUGGACUGGGAAGGAGGCGAAGUGCACAACUUGCCAGGAGGAGCUCAGGGGCCUUGUGCUGGAUUGGGUGCAUGGGCGAGUCAGUAACUUCCACUACCUUAUGCAGCUGAAUCGCCUGUCUGGACGGAGAAUGGGAGACCCCAACUACCACCCGGUUCUCCCCUGGGUGGUGGAUUUCACCACCAAAAACGGCAAGUUCAGAGACCUAAGAAAAUCCAAGUUCCGCCUCAAUAAAGGAGACAAGCAGUUGGACUUCACCUAUGAGAUGACCAAGCAGGCAUUUGCAGCCGGAGGAUCAAGUGGAGAACAGCUCCAUGUGCCCCACCACAUCUCCGACGUCCUCUCAGACAUCACCUACUACGUCUACACUGCCCGGAGGACACCCAAGGCUGUGCUCUGCUGUCAUGUGAGAUCGCAGUGGGAGCCAAAUGAAUAUCCAGCCAGCAUGGAGCGCAUGCAGAGCUGGACUCCAGAUGAGUGUAUCCCUGAGUUCUAUACAGACUCCACCAUCUUUAAAUCCAUUCAUUCUGACAUGCCUGACCUGGAUGUGCCAUCCUGGUGCAGCUCCUAUGAGGAGUUCAUUGAAGUCCAUCGCAAGCUGCUGGAGAGCAGAGAAGUCUCUCAGGAUCUCCACCACUGGAUAGACCUCACUUUUGGCUACAAGCUGCUGGGGAAGGAUGCUGUCAAGGAGAAAAAUGUCUGCCUCCAUCUGGUAGACAACCACACCCAUCUGACCAGCUAUGGAGUGGUGCAGCUCUUUGACCAGCCACAUCCCAGACGCAUGGUGGGACUUGCAUACAUUCCUGCUGAAGCUCCAGUCAUUGCUCGACCUCUCAUCCAGAACGCCAGAGAGACAAUCGUCCUAGAGGAUGUCCAGGCUCAGAUGGGUGAUGGGGUCAAUGGGCUGGUCUUGGAAGCCACACCUUGUGAAACCAGCUGGUCUGGUGAAAAAUCCAUCAGCGGUGAGGAUGAUUUGGAGCAAGGCACUGAAGCUCUGGAUUCCAUUCCUGCAGCUGGCAGAGCCGCCGACCAGCCCUGUCCCUGCACACCUUCAGCUCAGCCCUCCAACCUCCCUGCCUACCCGACAGAAGGCAAAACCUCAAGUGCCCGGCCUAAUCGAAGGAGUAAGCCUGGUGUUGUGGAUCAAGCUGAAAGGGACAAGAUGAAGAUUACGCUUCCUGAGGGUUUUAAUCCUGUCCAGGCCCUGGAGGAGCUGGAAAAACUGGACAACUUCUUGGUUAAAGGCUUAAACAGUGAGAUGGAGCUGAUGGAGCAGCCGCAGGUGGAGCCGCCGCUGGGCCUCUCAGAUCUUUUCCAGAGAGACAUGCAGGCACUGGGAGUUCUGAUAGCUGAGGUGGUGUUUGCACCAAGGGUUCGCACCCUGAAGCCAGAUGCAUCCCUGCUGGAGCGGUUCCUGACCGUUCGGAAUCUUUGCCAGUAUCACCCGAAGGAGAUCCCAGCCCCGCUCCAGCACGUGCUGGAGACUUUGCUGCAGCUGAACAUGCCUGAGGGGAGGCGUCUAAAGAACAAGGUGGCCAAGAACAGAGUCCAGCUUUUUGAGUACAAACCUGUUUCCCAGGGUCUCCCGCCACCCAGCCCCUCGCAGUUCCUUAGCCCUUUCAGCUCAGUUGUUCCCUUCCCUCCAUAUUUCCCAUCUCUGCACAAAUUCAUUUUCACCUACCAGUCAAAGAAAGUGGAGGAUGAGAGUCAGGGCCGUGAGCUCGUUUUCCAGCUGUGGCAGCAGCUGGAGGGGAUCCUCUGUGAAAUCACUCCUGAAGGCUUGGAGAUCCUGCUGCCCUUCAUCUUAUCUCUGAUGUCGGAGGAGAACACUGCAGUCUAUACAGCCUGGUACCUGUUUGAGCCCAUAGCUAAAGCCCUGGGCCCCAAGAAUGCAAACAAGUACCUGCUCAAGCCCUUGAUUGGUGCAUAUGAGAAUCCCUGCUGCCUCCAUGGCCGGUUUUACCUGUACACAGACUGCUUUGUGGCUCAGUUAAUGGUGCGUCUGGGGCUACAGUCCUUCCUCUCUAAUCUGCUGGCUCACAUCCUGCAGAUCCUUGUUGGUGUUGAGAGCUCGCAGGAAGAAAGUAAGUCCCUUCUGGGAACGGCCGAAGAUGAGGAGAGUGGAGGAGGCAGCCCAGUGUCCUGUGCAUUUGGGGAAGAGAUCAAAAUGGAUGUGGAUCACGGUUCCACGGCACUCGACCUUUUGGAUUACACGUCUGGAGUCAGCUUCCACGACCAGGCCUAUCUGCCAGAGACGGAGGAUUUCCAGAGCGGCCUCUAUGUCAGCGAGUCCCUGCAGUCUCAGGAGCAGGAGUUGCUUAGCCUCGGGCGGCUGAGUGACAAGAGCAGCGCCAGUGAAGUGUCGCUGGGAGAGGACAGACCUGCAGAUGGGGACUCCCAGAAGGACAAGAGUAGCCUGAAGUCUGUGGACAGCAGUCAGGAGCUGAAGCAGAGUGAAGACGAGGAGGAGGAGGAAGAGGAGGUGGAGGAGGAGGAGGAGGCCACAGUUGCUACAGAACUUACCCUGUCAGGGGGCACUGGUGCUUCCUUGGAUGCUGCCCUGGCUGAUGACCACAGUGAGCCAGAGGAGGGGGAUGAGCAGGAGCUGCACGACCACUCUGAAGAUAAAGAGCAGACGAUUCUCCUGGACACGGCCUGUAAGAUGGUGAGGUGGCUCUCGGCCAAACUGGGCCCUACUGUGACAUCCCGUUACGUUGCCAGGAACCUGCUCCGUCUCCUCACAUCCUGCUAUGUCGGUCCUACCAGACAGCAGUUUGUACCAAGCAACGAGGAGAACAGUCCCCUGAAUGCCGGAAACAUCUACCAGAAGCGACCAGUGCUGGGGGAUCAGGUGUCCAAGCCGGUCCUGGCCUGUCUCAUGUAUAUGGCAUACCUGUAUGGAGAGCCUGUUCUGACCUAUCAGUACCUGCCCUACAUCAGCUACCUGGUUGCCCCUAGCAGUGGGGUUGGCUCUGGCCGGCUAAACAGCAGGAAGGAGGCUGGGCUGCUGGCAGCUGUGACUCUGACCCAGAAGAUAAUCGUGUGCCUUUCAGACACCACCCUGAUGGACAUUCUCCCCAAGAUCAGCCAGGAGGUCCUGCUCCCAGUACUGGGCUUCCUGACCUCACCUACCAUUGGUUUCCCUAGUGGUGCCCAGGCCCGCAUUGUCCUGUGUGUUAAGACCAUCAGUUUAAUUGCCCUGAUCUGCCUGCGGAUUGGGCAGGAGAUGGUGCAGCAGCACUUGAGUGACACCGUAGGAACCUUCUUUGGGGCUUUUUCGCUGCUGCAGGAACUGCAAGAGCAGGGUCUGUCUUCAGAGUCACUGAGCCAUGGUGAGACACCUGAGCUGGAGGUGCCCUUCUCAGAUGGGAGAGUGCUGCCCCUGGACACAGCCAUGCUGGCAGAGUUACAGAAGGUUUUUAGCCCAGAGAUGGCCUACACCACCUAUGUCCCCUUCUCUUGUCUGCUAGGUGAUGUUAUCCGGACGAUUGUCCCUAACCACUCACUGGUUGGGAGACUGGCCAACUUGUACCUGGAGAGCGUGAACCCAAAGAGCCUGCCUCUGGUCAGUCAGGAGCCAGCACCGGGCACAGCCUGCUUGGACCAGGAUGCCCGAGGCAGCGAGCCCAGUUCCAGUCACCAUGAAGACAGUCACUCGGGCACCUUUGGGAGUGUGCUGGUGGGAAACCGCAUUCAAGUCCCUGCGGACACACAGUACGCGAGUUCUGGCUCGCUCUGCUUCAGCCCUAGAGCUGAUGGCUUUUGUCCCUCUUCUGCCAGUGAGGAGAAUGCCCUGAAGCAGGAUCUGCCCCGCAGUUCCCACAUGCUAUGUGGGAACUGGCUGGCCUACUGGCAGUACGAGAUCGGGGUAAGCCAGCACGACCCCCGCUUCCACUUCCACCAGAUCAAACUGCAGAGCUUCUUGGGGCACACGGGGGCCAUCAAGUGUGUGGCACCACUCGGCUGUGAGGACUUCUUCCUGAGUGGCAGCAAAGAUAAAACUGUCCGCCUCUGGCCCCUCUACAACUCUGGGGAUGGCACCAACGAGAUGGAGCCACGGCUCACGUAUGCUCAGCACAAGAAAUCUGUCUUCUACGUGAGCCAGCUGGAGGCCCCGCAGCAGGUGGUGAGCUGCGAUGGUACUGUCCAUGUCUGGGACCAGUUCACAGGUAAACUUCUCCGGACCUUUGAUGCAUUGGACAGCAAAGUUCCCAUCACCGCCGUGACCACCAUGCCCUCUCCCCACAGCAGCAUCUGUGUGGCCAGUGCAGACUCUGUGCUGCGCUUCAUUGACCACAGGAAGCCAGGAUUACAGCACGAGUUCCGCCUGGCCAGUGGCGUGAGCGCUGGGCUCAUCCGCUGCUUGGCUGUCAGUCCCAACGGGCGCAGUGUAAUGGCUGGCUUCUCAUCUGGAUUCAUUGUGCUGUUGGACACCAGGACUGGGCUUAUCUUGAGGGGGUGGCCAGCCCACGAGGGAGACAUCCUGCAGAUAAAGGCUGCAGAGGGCAGUGUGCUAAUCAGCUCAUCUUCUGAUCACUCCCUGACUGUCUGGAAGGAACUGGAGCAGAAGCCUUUGCAUCAGUAUAAAUCUGCUUCUGACCCCAUCCAUGCCUUUGACCUCUACGGCAGUGAAGUGGUGACCGGCACUGUGGCCAACAAGAUUGGCGUCUAUUCCAUGCUGGAGUCGUCGGCCUUCCCUACCAGCACGACCAAGUUGAGCUCAGAGAACUUCCGGGGCACCCUGACCAGCCUGGCUGUGUUGCCCACUAAAUGUCAUCUUCUCCUGGGUUCCGAUAAUGGUGUGAUACGUCUCCUGGCGUAGUGGCCUCCAUGGCCUAUCUGCCUGGUGCCCUGUGCAGUCAGUUCCACUAGCUCUGGUAGUGGCAUUUGAGGGCAAUACCUUCACUCAUGGGGGGAAAGGGGUGAGGUAUUUCUCUGGGAUACAAGAUACAGGGGCGUGGCUGUUCAUGAGUUCGCAGUAAAUCCUCCCCAACCCCUGCCUGCAGUCGAAAAAGCCAUAAUGGAGGAACCUCCACUGCUGCUGGGAGAAAUCCGGGCAUUGCAGGGCAGCAUCACCCCCUGCAAGAGGCCUGGAGCCUUCCACACCGUGUGUGCCUGAUUCCCCCGAGACUGAGCCGCUCUCCAGAGAAAGGCGGACGCUGGGCGUUCUCCCACCUCCCUCCAGCCCAAGAGUGAGAGGAACACAGCCGCUGCCCUCCACACUCCAGCCCAGAAUCGCUGGAAAGUCACAAAGGGGUGGGGCCAGCAGAGCCUGGGAACUGCCUGGUGUUGGGCAUGCUCCCCUAUGGGGUCUGUAGGGCACUGGGCUAUUUGGAAGGUGAGGGCUGAAGGGACACAGUUGGGUUCUUUUUCUCAGUUUGCUUUAUAGUGUGCUGCAGUCCUAUUAACAAUCCCACCCCCGCCAUGGCAUCCAUCUGGGAACCCUUCCCAGCACCACUGUGGCGUCUCACUGAUUCUAGGGCAGGGGCAGGUAGCCGAGCCAGCCAUUUACCCAAGGCAUAACCACCAUCUGUUUGAGGGUGGGAAUGUGCCCACAGAGGGGUGGGGCAGCCCCAGCUGCCAGGGGAGACAGGAACUAGACUUGUCUGGGCGGGGUUCAGACUCCCAGCCAGGCCCUCUGCCCAGAAUCUCUGCAUGCUCCUGGGGGGCUGUACGUUUUUCCCUAGCUCCUGUCCCAGAAGAGGCAGAUCCAUGUUCCCCAGCGCGGGGGAGAGGGGAUUUCUUUUGCGCGCUCUGGAAUGAGGCUGUGUUGGCUGCUCCUUUCGAAGGAGGGGCCCAUCUGAGCUGGGGGGAGUUCAGGCUCGCCAGGGAGGGCAGCUUGAGCCCCUCUUUGCUGUCCUACCUCACGCUCUACCUGACAGGGUUAGGGCAGUGAGGGGCAGGACCCAGCAUGCCUUGCACCUACAAAGUGCUGCCCUCUGCCCCUAGACUCCACCUCCUGCCAGAGACCGCGGCUAGAACAGCCCUCUCCAGGCAGCAGUGCCUGAGGGGAAGAGGGCGUUCCCUGGGCCCAUCAGUGAGGGUAGCUGCCUGUCCAUACCCCCCUGCCCCCGGUUUCGGUCUGCUGUAGGCUCCCUCUCGGUCUCUUGAGCUACUCUGAGCCUUUGCAGAAUGGUGCUGAGGGGGUGGGAGCCUGACAAGAGGGGCCUGGCCUGAGAUCAACACUCAGCCUGGUGGAGGUGGAGGGGAGGCAAGGCGACUGGGCAACUCCUGCUGGCUGUGGGUGGAGCUUAGGGACUGUGGGGAAGGGCUGUCAUCCUGCCCAGGUGGGAGGCCCAGGGCUACCCACUGCUGGGGGGCGUGUCUCUACUUCCC